AUGAGACUUCCGUCGAUUCCUGCUCCAAUUUGUUCUGUGCAGUCGACGACAACGUUUCAGCGCUUCUUCAAUAGUAUCAAUAACCGUUACUCCUCUAUUAGCUUAGGGCAUAUCAAUCAUGUGAUGCUGAUGUUCAAUUCGAUUCCAUUCCCUCAAGACUGUUUUAAAGCAGCGUGGAGUUCACACAAAUCAGUACAUGUGAAGGCUCAGCUGAUCUCAAUUGCUAAUUCCCUUUCUGGAGAUCAGAACUCUGAUUUAGUUUCGCAAGAUAUUGUUGAGGUGAUUCAAGGUUUUGUUGAAGAUAUCUCUUUGCCUGAGAAAGUUGAUGUGAUUAUCUCGGAGUGGACGGGAUACUUUCUUCUGCGUGAGUCCAUGUUUGAUUCUAUGAUUUGUGCUCGUGACCGAUGGUUGAAGCCCACCGGUGUCAUGUACCCUAGUCAUGCUCGCAUGUGGCUUGCAACUAUCAAGUUAAACAUGGCAGAUCGGAAGAAGAAUGAUUUGGAUGGUGCAAUGGCGGUAAGGAGAGAAGGUUCAGAUUGA